UGUGGUCCUCUCUGUACAUCUCUCAAUUAUCACUUUCUCCCAAUUUAUAUAUGUUGGAUCAUCUCUUGCUUUGUACCUUUCUCUCCUUCCCAUUGCUCCUUCCCUCUUCUACUACUUCUUAAGCAUAUCUUUGUCUUCAAAAACACAACCCGUCCCUUAAAUCUAACAUCCUGUUGGUGACAUCAUCUCACCCUUUCCAUAUUAAACCCUUUAAAAGAGGAGACGGCAUCGACAAUGUCUGGCAGCCGAAGGUCGUCGUCCAGAUCGAGGCAGCAGUCGUCAGGGUCCUCAAGUAUCAGCGACGAUCAAAUCAUUGAGCUUGUCUCGAAGUUACGUCAAGUCCUUCCAGAGAUCCGCGAGCGGCGCUCCGAUAAAGUAUCGGCUUCGAAGGUAUUGCAAGAGACAUGCAACCAUAUAAGGAGACUGAACCGGGAAGUUGAUGAUCUGAGCGAGAGGCUCUCCCAGCUACUGACCACCAUCGAUGCCGAUAGUGCAGAGGCCGCUAUCAUUAGGAGCUUAAUUACGCAAUAAGCCCUAUGCUUCUCAAUUAAUUAUAAAAAAUAAUUAUUACUAGGUUGCCGCCAUGUUAAUUAUCACGGGAAUAUAUUUAACUAAUAUUCCCAUGCAGAUUUGCUUUGACUAUUUUUAAUAUUCCCAUGUUAUUUAUCACGGGAAUAUAUUUAAUUAAUAUUCCCAUGAAAGAUUUGCUUUGACUUUUUUUAAUAUAGUCGUUUCAUCAUGCAAUAUCUCAAUAA